UCUCAGAUAUUUAUCUGAUUUCCUCUCUUCAUCUCUCCAUGUGCCCCUCCUCACCUCCCCCUUCCCCCUCUUAAUUAUAACCCUUUGAUCCCCAAUCCCAGCAUUAUUUUCAAUUUCAUGCACUUCCUCUCUCUCUAUCUCACCUACCUUCUCUCUCAUUCCCUCAUUCUCUCUUCCUCAUCACUCCAUUUUGUUUGCUUCCUUUUGUAAUGUCCUUCCUCUCCGUCACACCGUCUCCGUCACACCGUCUCUCGAGUUCGAACCCUCCUCUCAUAGCUUAGGAUAAUUUAGAGUAGAAAUUUCGCUCGUAAUCAAAAGAAUCUCUCAAUGGACCCUCAACAAAACCCAAAUGAACUAUUAGACGGCGGCAACAGGCAGGGGGGUGGAGUCAUGUGCAGGCAAAGCAGUACGCGGUGGACACCCACCACUGAUCAGAUAAAAAUCUUGAAGGACCUAUACUACAACAAUGGCAUUAGAUCACCCAGCGCUGAGCAGAUUCACAGGAUCUCUGCUAAACUGCGACAGUACGGCAAGAUCGAAGGCAAGAACGUUUUCUAUUGGUUUCAGAACCACAAAGCUCGUGAGAGGCAGAAGAAAAGAUUCACUUCUUCUUCUACUCCUGAUCAUCACGCAGCACCACCAAUGCCAGCUGUACCACCGCAAGCCGAUAAUAUCAGGCAAAGAUCAUCAGGGUUUGGGAUUGAUAUUAAUGCAACUGCUGCUGCUGCUUAUGAACAACUACCCAUUAAUCACCACAGCAAGUAUUCCAACAUUUCUGGUUCACCAGCUGGGUUUUCUUCUACAUCUUCUUCAGUUGGUGUGAAUGUUUCUGCUGGGGCACAGAUGGGAAACUAUGGGUAUGGAUCCAUGGCCAUGGAGAAGAGCUUUAGGGACUGCUCACUAUCAUCUGGAGGAAGUACUAGCACCGGUCAUGUUGGUGGAUCUAAUUAUAAUAAUUUUAAUCACAACCCAGGAUCAUGGGUUGGUGUUGAUCCAUAUUCCUCACCCUACUCCAUCUUUGACAAGAAAUCACCAUCAAAACAAGUGUUUGGUGAUCAAGAAAACAUGACGGAAGAAGAAUAUUACAAUCAGCAGCAAGCUUCACCAGAGAUUGAGACUCUCCCUCUUUUCCCCAUGCAUGGUGAAGACAUCCAUGGUUUUGGCAACAUCAAGUCCUCCUCCAUGGAAGGCUACUACUCCGGCUGGUACCGCUCCGACGGCAGCAACGAUGGUGGGUCUCGCACUUCCCUUGAGCUUAGCCUCAAUUCCUACGGCCACAUGGCCCCUGAUUGCUUCAGAUCAUGUUAA